AUGAUAUUUUCUUUCACUGUUUUGCAGAAAAAUGAAUGGUUGUGUUUGAACUGCCAAACUCAGAGGCUGCUAGAAGGAAGCCUAGGAGACCCUGCUCCAAUACCACUACCUGCUUCAAAGCAGCAGCCAACAGGAUCCUCCCGACACCAACCAGGGGGAGCUGGUCAACACAGAGGAGGUCCUCAAUCUGUAACAGCUCAGAAGUCAGAAAUGUCCACUCCUCAGGACAGGAACCUCCUCCAAGGAAAGCAUCUCAGGACUUCAGAGCAGAGCAAGCUGCAGGCAAUGAUGAAAGAGAGCAAGCCCACUGCCCCCUCAGAAGAAAAGCCACUGCUGAAACUUCCUGGUGAGGCUCCAAAAGUUCCUGAAAGUGCAUCGCCAAAGGGGAAAAGUAUGGCUGCGAAGCCAGAAGCAGAGAGCAAAGCAAGCAAGGCAGUCACUGAGGCUCAGCAAGUGAGAGAGCAGGAGGAGACAGGCAAGCCUUAUCCCCAUGACCUGUCCCGCAGCCCCCAAAGCCUGAGUGACACUGGCUACUCAUCAGAUGGCAUCUCCAGUUCCCAGAGUGAGAUCACUGGCCUGGUGCAGCAGGAAGAGGAGCAGCUGAAUGGCACUGGCCUGGAAGACCAGAGCCCUGCCAGUCCUUCUGAACUUACCAAACUGGAGAGUAGUGUGCGCCCCUUGCUGGAGUCAAAGGGCAUUUCCCAAGAGCAGAGCAACAGAGGGAGAAUGUAUCAUGAGUUACGGGAAGAGCAGCGACAGAGGCAGAGGCCUCGGUCCCUUUCUAUCACCCCCGAAGCCUUUGAUUCUGAUGAGGAGCUGGAAGACAUCAUGGAAGAAGAUGAAGACUCUCUGGAAUGGGAAAACCAGAGGGAUCAAAGAGAGAGUGUGGAGUCAUCUGACGACUUAGGCAGCAAGCUGCGCCAUGACUAUGUGGAGGACAGCAGCGAAGGAGGGGUCUCCCCGCUGCCCAGCGGGCUGAAAGGCAGGGAGACAGAGAUGACUGAUGAGGAGUUCAUGAGGAGGCAGAUCCUGGAGAUGAGUGCAGAAGAGGACAAUCUGGAGGAGGAAGAAGAGUACAGUCACGUGAAACACAGUGUAACAAAAAGUGGGCACAAGCCCGACCUGGAGAAAAGCAAAGAGCCAACCUCAUCCAAGAGGCGUCUGCCUCACGUCUCUACCAGUAUGUAUGAGGAGGAGAGGAAAGAGCUGGAAGUUAUCGAGGGGGAGGAUGUAACCACAUCCCAGGGAGGACUGCGGCGCUUCAAGACCAUUGAGUUAAAUAGCACUAGCAGCUACAGCAGGGACAUGGAGCUUAGCCAGGAUGCAGACAUUAGCCUGGACAGAGAGCCAGAGCUGGAGAUGGAGAGUCUGACGGGCUCCCCAGAGGAACGUUCAAGGGGGGAAUAUUCCUCCACCUUGCCAGCAACUACACCCAGCUACACAUCGGGCACCUCCCCUACUUCCCUCUCAUCUCUGGAGGAGGACAGCGACAGCAGUCCUAGCCGUCGGCAGCGACUAGAAGAGGUGAAGCAGCAGCGCAAAGCUCGGCAUCGCUCCCAUGGUCCUUUGCUACCAACCAUAGAGGAUUCAUCAGAGGAGGACGAGCUGCGUGAGGAAGAGGAGCUCUUGCGGGAGCAGGAGAAGAUGCGAGAGGUGGAGCAGCAGCGCAUCCGAAGCACUGCACGCAAAACUAAACGGGACAAAGAAGAGCUGAGGGCACAGAGGAGGAGAGAGAGAUCCAAAACCCCACCUAGUAACCUGUCUCCCAUUGAAGAUGCUUCACCCACAGAGGAGUUGCGCCAGGCAGCAGAGAUGGAGGAGCUGCACAGGUCCUCCUGCUCAGAGUACUCACCCUCCAUCGAUUCAGAGGCAGAGGGCUUUGAUGUCAUAGCCUCCAAGCUGUACAAAUCUGGCAGUGAGUACAACCUGCCAACAUUCAUGUCCCUCUACUCCCCAACAGAAAAAACAAACAGCAUCUCCCAUUACCCCUCCAGUAAGCCCCUGAAAAGUGCUGAAGAAGCAUAUGAAGAGAUGAUGAGGAAGGCUGAACUGUUCCAAAAGCAACAAGUCCAACAGUCCCAGCAAAGCGCCUACAGCAACACCUACCAACAGGUAGGGUACCACAGUGCAGAAGGCCAGAGCAGUUUUGAAUACCAGUACAUAGAGGAGUACAGCUACGAUAAUGGGCAUAUGGACUCCUGUGCAUCUGACUUUCAGCAUGAACUUUCAGAGCCAGGAGCAGUGUAUGAGGAAAUCCUGCAGACAUCACAGAGCAUUUCCAGGAUGCAUCAGUCCUCCUCAUUUGAUUUGGCCCUAGAAGAGGAGAAAAAGAAGAAAGGGAGAGAAGAAACAUAUCAGGAAAAGCAGUUUCUGAAUGCUGAGAGUGCUUAUGCUGAUCUGAUGAAGCAAAACAGCGGUCCACUCACACCAGGAACAAGCCCCACCCAGUUAUCGGCUCCUGUCUCAUUUUCCUCCUCUGAAGACAGCACAGGCAGGGUAAUUCCUGAUGUUAGAGUCACUCAGCAUUUUGCAAAAGAGGGGCAUGAUCACCCAAAGCUUCACAGCUCACCGGCAGCACCCAGCUCAGCUCCCAAGGUUAUGACAGCUCCCUAUACUUACAGCAGAGGCUUCAGCACAGUCACAACUGUUGUUUCUAGCCCAGCAAGUGCUCCACGAAUCUACAGUUCUCCAUCUCUGAGUGGCUCAGAUGUAACACCUGUAUCUAUCCCUAGCAGAAGCUACAGUCAGACGAAAGGUACCGUGAAUUAUAGCUCUCAGACAGAGGACGGCUCCAGGAGCCAGAUUGCUGCUGAGCUCUGUGGAGCAUCAGAAAGAGAGAACCUCCAAAGUAAGAGUGAGAGCAAGACCAAUGUCCCUGUGUCAUCUAAAAUGUAUUCCUACUUCCAAAGCCCCAGCCCCCUGCUUUCCCCGACAUCUCCUACUCAAAGUUCCACUCAUUCUGCUCCAAAAGCAGGGCAGCCAUCCAGUAAGGCAACUGCAGAGUUUUCCACUCAAACUCAAAGCACAGUUUUCUCCUAUGAUAUUCCCACUACCACUGGUGCAUCAAUGUCCUCUCCAAUGAUUGCUCAAGGGACCCAGACACCCCAUCGUGCAAGCUUUCCUCGCCUUGCUAGGCAGCAGUCAUCACAAGAAGCUCCAUUUAUGGUCAUCACAUUAGCAUCAGAUGCAUCUAGCCAAACCACGCUAACAAGCAUGUGCUCCUCAACUUCCCCAGCCUCCUCUCCCACUCGACUGAGCCACCAGCAAACAAUGCACAGCUACAGUCAGACAGCAGUCAGCACAACACAGCUUCAUCAGGAGCAGCUGCAGUCCACUUAUGCCAAGACACAGUCAAUAGAAAGAGCCUCUGCUGCCAGUGCCAUGCUUCAGAAAGGGCACACCACUACUGUUGCUGACAGCAUUGCUGGUGUGUACAGCUGGGGACCCCUGCCUGCAGAAAACAUCUCCUUGUGUAGAAUAUCAUCAAUCCCUGGCACGUCCAGAGUAGAACCUGGACCCAAGCCACAGACCACUAAUGCUGUGGACCUACGGACUGCUAUAAAGUCAGGCCCAAUCAUCAUAACAGACCAAGGCAUGGAUCUCACUUCCCUAGCUACAGAGAGCAGAAGAUAUUGCCUCACUCUGGAACAGACCCCAAGUAGGCAAUCCACAACCGUCCAACCCUUAAUCAUUAACCUCAAUGCUCAGGAACAACCCCAUGCUAUUAUAGGCACAACUACUACAGUCAGCAUAACUGUCGACUCUUCCAUGCUCGUGUCACAACCCAAGCAGCCUUUGGUCUAUGGAGAUCCUUUCCAGAACAGGAUGGACUUUGGGCAAGGGGCAGGAAGUCCAGUCUGUCUGACUCAUGUUAAGCAGGUAGAGCAAGCAGUUCAGACUGGCACUUUCCGAGGGAGCAUGAGCAGCAUUGGCAUUUCUGUACCAAGCACAAAGCCGGAAACGGCCAGUCCUCAGCAAACCAAAUUUGCAAGAUAUAAUUUGCCUAACCAGAUGAUGUCCUUGGUGAAGAAAGAUGUGCUAAUUAGUCAGACUAGCAGCGCCCAGAGUGCUGUUAGUAUCAGCACCAGUCCGAGGCCAAUUCUUCAGGACCAAAGCACAGACCUAUAUAGAGGGGUGCCAGUGGGACUGAAAACCCAGAGUCCUCCAAUCAACCUGGGAGGCAAAAAGUCCCAAACCAUGAUGGUGCAGAUGAAUGAGAUAGCAGCAGUCCCAGUAACAAAGCUGAUCAAAGAACCACCACCUGCCAGUGCAUUGGAUCUCACUGGGAUAAAGCCUGAAAGCCAGGUGGCAUGCUGUGAUGUAGUGUACAAAUUCCCCUUUGGCAGCAGCUGCACAGGUACCUUCAACCCCUCCCCCAAGAUCCCGGAGAAGAACAUUGGGGAUGCUGCUCAAACUGGCAAACCGAGCAUUCAGUACUAUGGAAACAAAGAGCCAGACCUGCCAGAGACAUAUCCCUACAGAGAGCAAACAGGCCCUGCUCCCAGCCUGUACGAGGAGCAGCGGUUCUACCCACAAGGCUUGUUUGGGAGGCUGUAUUCAUCCAUGUCAGAUACAAAUCUGUCGGAAAUUGGUCUGAACUAUUACCCCCCGAAGGCGGAGCAGCCCUUCCACUCCCCUUCAGGAGACUCUGCUGUGGAUUUGACCACAAUGAAACAUUCCUACAGCAUCAGCUUCACUGAGGGGGGCUACCUGGGUCAGGGAAUGCAGUACGGCUCGUUCUCGGACCUCCGGCAGCCCACAGACUUGUUAAGCCACUCGCUCCCAAUGAGACGGUACAGCUCAGCCUCCAAUAUCUACUCCGAUUACAAGUACUCACCCAGAGGAGACCUGGCAAAUUUCCAGGAAUCCAGUCUGGCCCAGUACAGUGCCACCACAGCUCGGGAAAUCAGCCGCAUGUGCGCAGCACUCAAUUCCAUGGACCAGUAUGGGGCUAGGCACUCGAACAGCGCUGACCUCCUGCAGUAUGGGCCAGCAGGGGGCAGUGGCAUCUCAGCACCACAAGGCAUUUCUGCCAUCAAACCGAACAAUAUGUACAAUCCCAACUUCCCAGAGACACGCCAGUACAGUCUCUCCGGUGCCCGGCUGGGAGCUGUCAGGCAGAUCUUCCCUUCCACAGCCACAGUGCGGGCAGCAGACGGCAUGAUUUAUUCCACAAUAAAUACUCCCAUAGCAUCCACCCUUCCCAUCACCACCCAGCCAGCUUCUGUGCUGCGGCCAAUGCUCCGAGGCUUAUAUCGACCCUACACCCCAGGCAAUAUCACAGCGGUCCCUCUGGCCAGCCUGACCAGAGUGCCUCUAGUUACCCCAAGGGUCCCCUUUGCUACCCAAGGCCUGUAUCGCUAUUCAGCUCCUAGCAGGUUCCCGUUUGUUUCUACGACCUCAGUGAUGGAAAUGCCCAUGUACUUGGGGAAGCCUGUUAGCACUACUGCAGCCAGCACGGCUGCAAGCAAUGUUAGCCCAGUGUCUGCUGCCAAAGCACCAGCUCCUACUGCAAUGAACCUGCAAAGACCUGAGCAGACAGGAGCUGGUGCUCGAGAGGAGGUGCCCAUGGCAGCUGCUGGCAUGCAAAGUGCCUCAAAAGAGGCCAGUCAGCCUCAGCAGCCACCACCCCCAGUCCAAACCCAGCAGGCCGAGGUAUCCCAGGCCAGCGUCCCCAGCAAAGGCAGCACAGAGCGAGAGGAGAAGGAAGAGGAACGCCAGAGAAAGCAGCAGGAGCACAUCCUCCAGAUUGAGAGGGAGAGGGUGGAGCUGGAGAAACUGAGGCAGCUGAGGCUGCACGAGGAGCUGGAGAGGGAGCGUGUGGAGCUUCAGCGACACAGAGAGAAGGAGCAGAUGCUGGUGCACAGGGAGAUCCAGGAGCUGCAGUCCAUAAAGCACCAGGUCCUGCAGCAGCAGCAAGAAGAGCGCCAGGCCCAGUUUGCCCUGCAGAGAGAGCAGCUGGCCCAGCAGCGCCUGCAGCUGGAGCAGAUUCAGCACCUGCAGCAACAGCUGCAACAGCAGCUAGAGGAGCAGAAGAGGCAGAAAAGCACCUUCCCCCCUGUGUGUGACCCCACAGGAAGGAUCCCUCCCCAGGCCGUGUCUGAGAUAGCCAUGGAAAUGCAAAGGACCCUGGCCCAAAAUGGUCAGUAUUGGCCCCCCCUGAACCAGCCCUUCAUGGCUCCUGCAGUCCCAGGGCAGGAAGGGCCAGCACCAUCCCGCUACUCCGGGCUCCAGCGCCCACUCACCAACUCUACCUCUGAAAUAUCCCUGCAGCCUGAGGAGCAGUGGGAAGCUAGCCAGGGGAUAAAGAAGAGGAACUCCAUGCCACGCCUGCGGGACACGUAUGACAAAGAGACCCCCCACGAGCCCUACGUGGUGAAGAAGAUCACGGACAGCAGCGUGCAGACUGAUGAGGAGGACGGUGAGGAGCGCUACUUCCUGUCUCGGCGCCGGCGCUCCCGGCGCAGCACCGACUGCAGCGUGCAGACUGACGAGGAGGACAAUGCUGAGUGGGAGCAGCCGGUGCGCCGGCGGCGAUCCCGUUUCUCCCGGCACUCAGACUCCAGCUCUGAGAGCAAGCAAGACUCCUCCUCCAAAGGCAUGGCCAGCAUAGGCAUCCAGACCAGCAGUGACUGCUCUGUACAGACUGAGCCCGACCAGCUGCCCCGCGUUUCGCCCUCCAUCCACAUUACCACCCCUGACCCCAAAGUGAAGAUCGUGAAGUAUAUCUCUGCACCAGAGAAGACACAGCGAGGGGAGAGCCUGGCCUGCCAGACUGAGCUGGAAGCACAGCCGCAGCCAGGUAUCGUGGUCCCCCAGCUCACUGUGCCUACAACCAUAACACCCUACUCCUCCAACCUCCAGCUGGUAAGCACAGGCCCCCUGGACCCACGUGCCAUCCGGCAGCAGGCCCUUGGCAAGUUUGAGAAGAAGAAGCCCGAUCCUCUGGAAAUUGGGUACCAAUCCCAUUUGCCCGCAGAGUCCCUUUCUCAGCUAGUGACCUGCCAACCUCCCAAAUCCCCCCAGGUACUCUACUCCCCUGUCUCUCCUCUAUCCCCCCAUCGGCUGUUGGAAUCCUCCUUCACUGCCAGUGAAAGACUUAACAAGGCUCACGUGACACCACAGAAACAUUUCACAGCUGACUCUAUCCAGCGCCAGCAGACCCUGCCUCGCCCCAUCAAAACCAUGCAGAGAUCCUUCUCUGACCCCAAGCCCACCAGCCCAACCUCAGAGGAGUCUGGGAAGGACAGGUUCUCCAUAUACCAGCACCCUUUACUCCAAGGCAGCCAGAUCUCUGCUUUGCAGUCAAACACUCUGAUGCGGAAGGUGAAGCGGACACUGCCCAGCCCCCCUCCGGAGGAAGCUCACCUGCCUCUGGCCAGCCAAGCCCACUCCCAGCUGUACUUGCCCAGCUUCAUGCAGAAGGGGGUAGGAGAACAGGCCACUCAGGUAACCAAAGCCAGCCUUCUCAGAGACAUCGACCGUGACCUGAAGCUGGUGGAGCAUGAGUCCACGAAGCUGCGGAAGAAGCAAGCAGAGCUGGAUGAGGAAGAGAAGGAGAUUGAUGCCAAGCUGAAGUACUUGGAGCUGGGCAUUACUCAGAGGAAGGAGUCUCUUCUGAAGGAGAGGGGAGGGCGGGAUUAUCCUUACCCAAGGUGCCUGGGCGAGAACCGGGACUACAUGUCUGAUAGCGAGCUGAACAAUUUACGCCUUUCCAGCUAUGAGGGCAGCAGUCUGCUCAGCAGGCCCAGCACUGCCCCCACUAACCAUUACACUGACUUCUCCAGCACACAGUACACAUCAGCCUCCUCCUAUGCCCCUUACCCAUACCCAGCAGCCCCACCUGGCCCUGCCGCCUUCCAGCAAACACGGCUCCAGCCCCCCCACUACCCUGUGGUCAGCAGUGGCACAUCUCAGAAUGGCUUCCAGGCUGGCCAGCUCCCCGCCUUCCCCUCCCAAAGUACAUAUCAGACACACAGCUUCCCUCCCAGUACCGGUUACCAGCCCCAGCUGGGCUUUCAGAGCCAUCAAGGCUUCCGGCCGCCUCAUCACUACCAAGCUCAGACCACAUAUCCCAACCAGCCACCCUCACAGCCAGCACAGAGUGCCCUCUUCCAAACGCAGGCAGAUGUGCACACCAUGCACCAGAAGCCAUGGCAGACAUCACUAGCAGACUUGGAGCAAAAGAUCCCCACCAAUUAUGAAGUGAUUGGAAAUCCCACCGUGGUGAUCUCCUCAGCAGCCCCAGAAGUUACAUACAGCCCCACGACAGUGACCAGCAGCUAUGCCCAGCCCACGGCCCCAGAGGCCAGGCCAGCUGACCAGAGCAAUGCCAUACAAAGCCCCUCAGCCAGUUACUCUUCAGAUUCUCUGUACACAAACCUGGAGCAGAACAUUCCCCGCAACUAUGUGAUGAUCGAGGACAUCAGCGAGCUGACCAAAGAGAGCACUGCAGCAGACAGCCACAAGGGGGAGAUGCAGGUGCAGAGCAGCACUGGCCACCAGAUCAAAGAGAAGAGUGAGCUGGUGGAGAUGGAAGGCUCCAGCAGAACUUGCUGCUACUCCAAAGCAGAGGAGGAGUCAGAGGAGGAUAUGUAUGAUCAGCAUGGUGCUGACCAUAGGGGGAAGAACAGCUACCACAGGGGCAUGGAGAGCAAUGGCAGGAUGUCAGGCAGUUCCAGCAGCCCCUGCUCCUAUUAUGGGGACGAUUAUCGGCACUCCGCACGCUCAGACAAGCAUGGCUCUGGACUGGGAAUGCAGAAACAUUCCUCCAAAAACCUGGCCCCUGCUGUCAUCUCAUCCAAGCGCAGUAAACACAGGAAACAAGGCAUGGAGCAAAAGAUCUCCAAAUUCUCCCCCAUAGAAGAAGCCAAAGAUGUGGAGUCGGACCUGGCCUCCUACACAGUGACUACGUCUAUCAGCAGCAGCAAUGUGGCAUCCAGGGCAAAGAAGCUUCAGGACGAGAUCACCUACGGCCUCAAGAAGAAUGUGUAUGAGCAGCAGAAAUACUAUGGCGUGUCCAGCAGGGAUACGACAGAAGAGGACGAUCGAGCGUACAGCACUGGAAGCAGAUCUAGAUCGUCAGGUUAUGGGACAGAGAAAUCAUCAAGCCGCGAUGCCAACAGCAGAAGCAAAUCCUAUGAGAGAGAGUGCAUGGAGAAGCCUCAGAAAGGAAGCUCCAAACCAUCUUCCCUUAAUAUGAGUCAGAGUCGAGGGCGGCCUCCGAUUCGUACACAGACCACUGAAGAGGAAAGUCCCAUCAGCCCUUUAGGAAAGUCUGUGGGCAUGUCCCGCUCCUCAGGUGGACCUCUCCCUCAGUCCUCUGGGGACAGCUGUUCCCAGUUCUGCUCCAGCCACUCGUUGCCUGAUGUGCAAGAACAUAUUAAAGAUGUGCCAAGGAACCACUCUUACAAGCAUGAAGAAGGUUACAUCAUGGAUGAUUCACAUUGUGUUGUUUCAGACAGUGAAGCCUAUCAUUUGGGUCAGGAGGAGACAGACUGGUUUGAUAAGCCCAGGGAAGCUCGCUCAGAGCGGGUAAGGUACUACACUGGCCACUCCUCCUCCCAGAAGAGACCUCCCAUCAAACACACCUUUCAUGAUUACGAUGAGCCUCCAGACGAAGACCUGUGGCAGCACGAUGACUAUUCUCAGGCACGUCACUCUUCUUCCAAAGACCACCGGCACCAUGGAGAGUAUGGAAGGCACUCAGCCUCUUCCCGCCACCCAAGUGAUGAACAGCCCAGGAGGACAUCCAAGCAGCAUGCCCGAGACCAGGGCCGUCAUGAAGUCCGCACACACAUGCAGCUAUCUGCCCAGAAGAAGGCCCAGCAGUCAGACACGAGAGCCCAGCCAGCUUUCCCCUCCAGCUCAGUGGAGUACUCGCAGCAGUCCCAGCAGCUGUCCAGCUACCACCAUACCUCAGAGUCCCAGAAGUCCCAACGGCAGGCUCAGCAUGGGCCACUGCCCCAACAGCCGAAAACAGAGCCCUUGCUGCACCAUUCACAGCAGCAGUCGCAAACAAGGCAGCAGCAAUCUGGGCAGCAGCAGCUGCCAUCCAGGCAGCAGCAGCCAUCAGCCAGGCAGUCUCCACAACAGCAAGCAGGCCCUUCGCAGCAACCUCCUCAGCCACAGAAAGAGCAGCAGCAGCAGCAAGCUAGGAUGCAGCAACAGCCGGGGGCUCAAGGACCACCCUCUUCUCGGCCACCACAACAACAGCCCAUCCAGUCCCAGCAUGUCGGGAAGCCCCAGUCAACCCUCCCUGCACAGCCAGGCAGUCACCAAGUAGGGCUACCAAAAGCGGAUCAGGUGGAUACGCCCAAACCCACCACAAAAGUGCCACCACCGCAUGGGAGAGCGCCCCAAGCACAACCACUGGGAACGACUGCAGCAGGUAUUAAAGUGGGUCAGAAGCCAUCAGGGGCUCCCCCACCAACUGGGGCAGCAGCUGGACAGUCCGGGGUGGAUGGAGAGAGCGUGUUCUCCAAAAUCCUGCCAGGAGGAGCUGCAGAACAAGCCGGCAAACUGACAGAAGCGGUGUCAGCAUUCGGAAAGAAAUUCACGUCGUUCUGGUGAGCAAAUGCUGCAAGGAGGCUGGGAAAGCGGGUGGCGAUCUAGUCUUCGCAGUGGAAAAACCUAUGAAGAAACCAGUGAAUUCAGCAGGCAACGUUGGACUCUGGGUAUAACACUUUUGAAACCAUGGAAACCACUAGGCUGCUUCACAGAUUGCAAGGCCAGAAGGGCCCAGCGUGACCUGGAAGGCCGAAGAGACGAUGUUGGGUCUCACUGAGCAAACCAGGCCUUUACCUGUAGCAAGCUUCUUCAGAGCCUUGAGGCAGCACUGCAGGAGGACACUGACCUCUUCUUGGCUCUGUGUACUGUCUGGAGCAAGCCAUGGGAACACCCACACAGCUUAGUGUCCAUCAGGAACAUUGCCAAAGCAUGGGCCUGUACCACAACGUGACUGUCACAGAGGUGGGGUUUGCCCUGCUCUCAGAGAAUACUUCUGAGCUUGUGCAGGACUGGUCCCUCCUGUGGUCUCCUUGGGCCGGGGAUCUGAUGGGGGGACCACUGGCCCAUUCUUGAGAUUAUACACAGAGUUGCUCAUGGACUGAAUCUUAACUCUAGUUUCUUCAUAGGUUUUUUUCCCUCUCUCUGAGCCAUGUAUGAGUCUAGGGCUGGCAGCUGAAGGCUCCAAUCUCCUUCACAUUCCAGUUUGCCCCAUUGGCCCCUCCGCAUGCGCAGCAUUCCUGUACUCUCACCAUCCCUGCGACGGAAAGCGUUCCACACCCCCAUCCGGGGGAUUGAGAGAACUUCAAUUAGGACCUAACACUGUUUCCUUACUGAGAUACGAGGCCAUAGGACUCUGAAAGGCAGUGCGUAAACUGGCUGAUUUUUCCCAAAGCAGAUACUGGCCAGGCAUGUCUCUCAGCCGCCCCAAGCCAUCCUGAAGCCAUUCUAAAGCAUUCAAAUGGCAGUGCUAUCCAUUGGUAACAUCACACAUUGUUUUAUGUAUGCCCGGGUAUUAUUUUUAUUUCCAUAACAGCCUUAAUCAUUCCACUUUGAUUUACAUCUAUACCUCAUCAACACCCAGGGGCUGGGGGUUUCUUGUUUCUUUUUGGUUUGGUUUCCUUUGUAUUGAAUUCUCUUUCCUUUCUGCUUUGUGCUGAGUUAGCACCCAGGCUGUUGUCUGUAGAAGCAAUAGAGUCCAGAAGGCUAUAACGAGCACAAGAUCAGGAGAGCGCUGCCUCUGCCAUUCUCCUUCUUAUUACUGUGCAAUUCAAGUCCUUCUUAAGCCAUUGCAUGCUCAUAAAGAUGGAGGAGCUACUCACAGCAAAAUGUUUAACCUUCGAGGAUAAAGUUCCUCAGACCGUAACCCAGGAGAGCAGAAGGAAACCAAAUGGAAAGCUUGUUUCACUGUAGAGAAAUCAGCAAGUGUACAAAUAUUCUGGUUUUCAUUUGUUUGUGUUGUCAGUUUCCUGCCAGUCUCUUGUUCAUGCUGAGCAUGCUCAAAACAACAGUUCAUUGGUGUGAUCCAUCAGAGCUUCCAUCCACCUUGGGUAACCGCGAGCUAGUCUCAUGUCUAAUGUUCUAUGCAAUGAAAUACAAAAUUGAAAAAAUCCUGUUAAUAUUUACUAAGUUCAAUGUUCUGUAUAAGGAUUUAAUUGCAACUGUGCUAUUGAUACUCGAUAGUGAUCUUUAUAGCAAACACCCAUGUGUAUAACAUUUCAAUUAGUGGCAUGUUUGACCCAUCGAGGGACACUUUGCCAAAGGCGUGUGACUGUCCUGUAGUAGAGCAUGGCUUGCUACUUUUCUGCAUGCUAUCAUUUACGUUUAACGCUUGCAGUUCUUUGCUUGGAGGAUUUUUUUCUCAUUGGUUCAUCUUCGAUGUUGAAUGCUAGUAGCAGAUUUAUGCACUUGUUUUUGAUGGCACAGUCCCAGUGUGAAGCAGAACAUCCUGCAGCUGAUGAGUCUGAGUUCUCUGCCUCUUGCCCUGCAGUGGCUACCAGGGUCCAAUACACAGCACCACCAGGGGUUCCCUGAGAUAGGCCUUUGUCCAGCCCUGGCCCAUUUCAGAAUAGGCAAGCAGGCAACAGGUAGGGGGGUAGGGGGAGAGAAAGACAGUAUGGAACAGCUCUGGAAAUUGGUUUUAGAAUUUCUGCACUGAAACCUCCCUGCCCUGCUUUGUGAGGCUGAGAGGUCUCAUAGUGGUGUCAGCUCUCAAUGCUGCUCCUUCCCGUGACUGAAGAGCCCUGAACAACUACCCCAGGAAUCCAUGGAGAGAGGACUAAGCAUGGCCCAGUAAUAGAAAAGCGAAGCAGACUGCCCCACAGUUGCAAUGCCCUCCCUGCCAGUAGCCACCUGGCUGAGCCCUGUGUUUUCACAAGCUAGAUGAAGACUGUAAAGCCCUUUCAGGCAAGCGGGCAUUGCAAAGAGACGGGGCCGGAGCCUUCUCUGUGGCCCUGGGCACUGUGAGCCUGUGGGGACUGGGCAGGACCCGGGGGUGCCCACCACAUAACUCAUUCUGCAGUGUGCACCAGCUUGGCUGUGCCAGAUUGGUGAGUGAUCGGCCCAGACACAUUCUCCUUCUCGGAUCCCAAAGCACCUCCGUCCAAGAAGCUUGGGCUCUGCACUCUGCUUAGGGCUUGCUGCACUGUCCUCCCAUUCUCUCAGCCAGGGGUACCCGAACCUGCCCAAGCCAGGCUUAUGUCAGCAGCCUGCCCCAAGGCCAACAUUAACUGGGGCAGAAUGAAUCCACCCUCCCUGUUAGUAGAGAGGUGCCACUGACAGAGACUACAGGUCCCAGUAUGCAAUGCUCUGUCUUGGAGCUGGAAAUGGUUACCACCAUGGGCCUUGUUGUCUUGAAAGAGGCACUUCAGCCAUCCUUGCAGAACAGCAGGCACCAAGUGAUCUCAUAUAUGGUUCCAGGCACAGAUGGUUGGAACGAGCACCAGCAUCUGCACUGUUCUGGGUCGGGUACCAUGGCCAGGUUGGGAUCUUGUGCACAUGCCAAGACACCCCUGAGGAGUGGCUGGAGCUGCUGCACAUUGACACUGGGUGACCUGCCAAACCAGACUCUCUCUGCGUUGCAGAGACCUUCACAUCACAGAGGGGAGCCCCCCAGGGCUGUGACACCCAUGCUGCAGCUGGGAGGAACCCCAGGCUCUGUAGACAGCUGCUGAGAUCCGAGCCGUGAGGCCCUGAUUCGAUGGAGACCAUGGAAAGGAAUGGGACCCCCCCCCCAUUAUUGAUCGCCAUGGGAUCCGGGAGGGUGCAGCUGAUACCCCAUGUCUGAGGUCAGGGAGCAUGGAGGGAUGUUGCAGAAGCUGCAUGUUUCUGGGAUCAUGUGCAGGCUCAGAGCAGUGUUCUGCCUGGGCAUGGCAUGGGGGUGGGUCAGUACUAGCUGUGGAUCUGUGCAGAUUACUGUGGCCUUGUCUACAGGGGGUGGGUAUUUUGACAGGUAGCACUGCUGUUGGCUGCUCAGUGGCUGGUGUGAAUCGGACCUUUGGGCUCACUCUAGUUCACUGCAGCCAACUGCUUGCAGUGCCAUAGUCACUGACUGAGCCUCUGGGUGGUAUAUCGGCACAGAGGCCACGUUCUGAUGGCCAUGGAGGCUGAGUUCUCCUCUCGCCAUGCAGGGCUCCUUGCUGGAGACUCCGGCACAUGGCGGGAGUGCUGGGGGUCUGAGGGGGGUUGCACCAUGGCUUCCCAGG